AUGAAUCCGCCAGUUAAGAAAGGCAAAUAUUCUAUGGUUGAUGAUGAAUCUAUUCAAUCAUGUAGUACUCAUCUUCAACAACAACAAAACAACCUUAAACAAUGUGAAUAUGUUAGCAACAGGACUAGAUUGAGAUGCCAAAAUUUCAAGUCUAUUGAUGAACUUAAAGACUUUGGAUUUUGUAAUGAGCAUCAAGGCUAUAUUGAACGUAUCAGAAAAGAAGGGCUUAGAACGAAGCAUUUGUUUGACCCAAAUUUUAAUAUUACUGAAGGAUUUCUUGAACUUAUAAGUUUUGACGAGGAUGAAACUCUUGAUUCUCGCGUGCCAACAGACUUUCCAUUUAUUUAUGAACCGUUAUACUGUGAAAGCAGGCUUGAUGGGGAUGAAAAUCCUUUGAGAAAUGCUGGUAUUUUUAACAAAAAGGAAAUUCUCAACGAAUAUUGUAGAGCCAUAAAGCGUUGUCAGGCAGCAAUACGAGAACAACGACUUAUUUAUCGAGAAAAACAUUCAAAAAUUGUUCGACAAGGAAUUCGUUUAGCUGAACAACCAAAUCCUGUCCAAAUUGAUCCAAUCAAAAACGGCGAAAAAAUACAGAGAUUAAAUGUUAUGAGAAGGGAUGCUUUACGUUUGGAUCAACGACAAGUAUUUAAAGAAAAAUUUGCUCGUCUUGAUACGGAUUUGAUUGAAAAAUGUGUUGAACAGAGAAAUAAGUGGCUACAACAAAUUGAACAUCCUAUAGACGAAAAUGAACGUAUAGUUUCACAAUUAGUAACAGAAAUGGUUGAUUUAAUUGUGUUAACAAAAUCUAAAAGAGGGCCAAAAACAAUGUUAAUACCUUCAACAAUGCAUUUAAUUGGAAAACAAAAUUUUGUUUUUUCUUCAACAAUUUCGAGCAGUUCAACAUCAAAUUCGAGCAGUUCAACAAAUUCGAGCAGUUCAACAACAAUUUUUUAUCCACUUCCAAAUACAAUAAUUGAUAUUUUGAAGCAAUUUAAAAAUUGUUAUUUUGAAGAAUAUGAAAGAAAAAUUAAAGAAGAAGAAGAAAGGGAAGAAAUUGAAAGGCAGAAACGUUUGGGAAGAAAAAUUGCUAUUAAAAUGGUUAAUAAUAAUAAUAAUUCUUCAACAACAACUGGGACAACAACAAAUAUUGGAAUAUCUAGAGGAUCUUCAAUUUCAUCAGAUGGACAACAACAACCACAUCAACAACCAGCAACAACCCCAUUAAAAACAAAAAUACAAAAUAUAUUAACAUCAACAACAGCAUUGGCAGCACAUCAACAACAAUCAUCACAAAAACAAUCACAAAAUAAUUUAAAAAAUAAAAAGACGUUGAUAUAUUCAAAAAUAAAUAAAAAUAAUGUUCGUCAACAACAACAACAACAAAUUCAGCAGCAACCUCUCAACCAACAUAUUCAUCCACAAAUUAAAAAACGUUUAGUAAAUGAAAAUCAAAUUGGGUAUUUUUCAACAAUCCAAUUGGGUGGUGGUCAAUCAUCGUCGACAACGACAACAACCCCUCAACAGCAACCUCAUCAGCCCCCAAAAAUAAUAAAUUCAGUGACAAAUAAUUAUUUGGAUCCACAUGGUUAUUUAUCUUCCUCUUCAACAACAUAUUUACGUCCAUCAACAUCUACAUCAACAAUUUAUAAUAAUAAUGGAAAUUUAUUAAAUAAUAAUUUUAAUAAAAGAAUUAUUAGACCAAUUUCUAUUGAUGAGGAUAUCAAUCCCGACGUAUUUUUACAAUUAACACAUCCACAAUUAACAGAAAAGUUUGGUGGAAAUAAUAAUAAAAGAGGAGGAGGAGGUGGAAGACUUGCAAGUGUUGAACUUGUUGAAGAAGAAGAUGACGAUUUUGAUGAAGAUUAUAAUAAUAAUGAUUCAAGUACAUUUGUAUGUGCUAGAAUAAAUUUACCAUGGAAUGGAAAAAGAAAGACUCCAUUUAAGAAAAAUACAAAAAUUUUAUUAUUUGAUACUCAACAAAAAUUACAGCAGCAGGAAAAUAAUGGGAAGAAUAAAAAUGAUAAUAACAACGGGUAUGUUCAAUAUGUGGCCAAUGUUUUAAGUAGAUAUUCUUCUACUAUACUUUAA